CUGGAGACUGAACUCGGGUCAGCCAAUCAGAUGCGCCCUCGCACAGGAUGUGUGAGCGGCUCGUCGAUGCGUUGUGCGCAUGCGCGCAACACUGCCUCCAACAACAAGAAGCAGGAGCCAGCAAACAUGGCCGACCUGGGCAAGAAGUACUGCGUGAACUGCCUCGCAGACGUCACCAACCUGCGGCUCCGCUGCACCGACUGCCCUGAUAUCGAGCUGUGUCCGGAGUGCUUCUCGGCGGGGGCAGAAAUCGGGAAUCACCGCAGAUGGCACGGCUACCAGCAGGUCGACGGCGGUCGCUUCUCUCUCUGGGGUCCCGACGCAGAGGGAGGAUGGACCAGCAGGGAAGAGCAGUCGCUACUCGAUGCCAUCGAGCAAUAUGGAUUCGGAAACUGGGAGGACAUGUCUGCUCACGUCGGACCCUCCCGUACCCCUCAGGAAGUGAUGGAACACUACGUUACUAUGUACAUCCACGGAAACCUGGGUAAAGCCUGCAUCCCUGACAGCAUUCCCAACCGGGUCACUGACCAUACUUGCCCAAGUGGGGGCCCUCUGUCACCCAGCCUCACCACUCCUCUCCCUCCGUUGGACAUAAGCCUAGCAGAGCAGCACCAGUUGGGCUACAUGCCGCUGCGCGACGACUAUGAGAUCGAAUAUGACCAGGAUGCAGAGAAGUUGAUCAGUGGGCUCUCGGUAAACUACGACGAUGAAGAUGUAGAAAUUGAGAUGAAACGAGCGCACGUGGACAUGUACGUACGGAAGCUCAGAGAACGUCAGCGACGGAAGAACAUUGCACGGGACUACAACCUAGUUCCUGUCUUCUUGGGACGAGACAAGAAAGACAAGGAGAAGGAGAAGCCAGGAAUGCUUGGCACUGUAGGUACUGCUGGUGUUGUAGCAGGCAUAGGAGCUGGAGGCAGUGGCUCCAGUGGAUCAGGUUCUGUAGCAGCUACAGGAUCGGGAUCUGUUCCUAACACACCUAAAAGAAAGAUAACCAAGGAAGAGAAGGAGCAGCGGGUGAGGCUGCGGGGACUUUGCCAGUUUAUGGCCCAUCGAGAGUUUGAGGAGUUCUUCGAGAACAUGCACAAAGAGCGCAUGCUGAGAGCCAAGGUGCGGGAAUUACAACGCUAUCGCCGCAAUGGCAUCACCCGUCUGGAUGAGAGCGCAGAGUACGAAGCCGCACGUCACAAACGGGAAAAGCGCAAGGAGAACAAAAGCGUAGUGAACUCUAAACGAGGCAGCGGAGGAGGCGGUGGACUCGGCUCGGGGAUGGGACUCGGUGGUGGCGUCGGAGGUGGAGGCCUUACUGGAGGAUUAGGGGUAGGAGGCGGGAUCAAGGACGAGGGAAAAGACGGGGAGUUCGCUGCCAUCGAGAACCUGACAGGCUUCGAGCUGCUGUCGGACAGGGAGAAGGUGCUGUGCAACUCUCUCAACCUCAGCCCAGCGCGCUACCUGACAGUGAAAACCAUAAUCAUCAAGGAUCACUUGCAGAAGCGACAGGGCAUCCCUGCCAAGAGCCGACUACCCAGCUACCUGGACAAAGUUCUCAAGAAGCGCAUCCUCACCUUCCUCACAGAGAGUGGCUGGAUAUCCAGAGACGCCUCCUAGCGAUGUAAGAGAUUGACAAUGACAACUACUGACUUUCACCUUUGUGCGAUGGCAACUUUGUAAAUUUGUACAUUUGAGAGAAAAGAAGAUGCCUGAAAAAAAAAACAAAAAACACUUUUUUCAUUCAAAGGCAACAAACAUGAAAAAAACUUUAUUUUUCAUUGGGACGGAAGAGUGGAAUAUUACAAUAUGUACAUGAAGAACUGUAGCUACACCGUGAUGACUACACUGAUAAAUGGUUGUUGCGUGUUUGCAGAGAUCUUUCUAGUGUCGCACCAGUUUCAUUCAAGGAAGACUGCUUUUUCGCCACGCGUGAUAUUUUUUAACUUUGUCCAGAGUCGGAUCAGCUUGAUCGGUGCCUGGAAUUCUGAGAAAGAAGCUAUAAAUACAGGUAUACGAUUGUAACACACUUCCCUUCUUAAGGAUAUUGAAAAAGGAAUUAAAUGUUCCCUAGAAUGAGCACUUUUGCUGCCUUAAUAUUUGUUGGCAUUGGCGCUAAACAGUUUAAAAUGAAAAAAACAAACAAACAAAGGAUUGUAAGAUUUUAAAAAAUGGGGUAUUAGAUAUUAGGGUAGCACAUAAAAUAGUUAGUUGCUGGAGGAACUCGGUCUGAUCGAAAAUCAUUUCCUUAGCUGUCAAUGGAUCACUCACUCAUUUCGGGAGCAACGUUUCUUUUCUUUUGACAGAAAAAAGUAUUGCAAGAAACUAAACAGCUGGACACUGUGGUGUCACUUUUAACCAAAAAAAACCCAACCACCACUCCCAGGUUUUAGUAGGUCUGUGUGUAACUAUCCCUCUAAUUUAUUCAUCAAGUCAGUCAAGGUGCGAUAUCAGUUAAAGGCUAAGAGACUCCGACCGAUUUCUUCUUCUUCUUUUUUCUUCUUCUUUUUUUUCUAAUACACAAUUUGAUUGUUGUCAUGGGAAAAAGAAGAAAGUGAGCAUAUGUGAAUAUGAAAUAUGGGUUACAUUACCUAAGAUCACUGCAUGCAUUUUAGUUUUUGCAUUCACACUAAAAAUGACUGGAGAAAAUGACAUUGUGGCCCCUUUGUAUCACUUACCCCACUAAGUGCCUAGCUUGAUAUUUAUUAAAAAAAAAA